GACCCCUUCAGACGAUAGUACCACGGAAUAUCCUCGAACAUCAGCGGGAUGCUCUUCGUACGAUUCCAGCUGUUCGGAUUCAUAUUCAUGUGAAGAAGCUGGCAACAGCGACAACGAUGAAGCAAUGGAGGAAGCCGGCUGCCAGUUGACCGUCAAAGAUGUGGCCAAUCUUCUUCGAGCUCGUCAUGCCAUUAUAACUGGCGGUAGAACAGCUGAAGGUUACCCCAUCAUCAUCUUCCCAGAUACAGGAACAUUUUGGAGUCUCUGUGAUGAAGACUACCACAAACUGAUUCUGUACCUCACCAAUGUGCCUACUUUACAAGAAGCAGACUUGGGAUUUGUACUCAUCAUAGACCGAAGGAAUGACAAAUGGAGCUCUGUGAAAACAGUACUCUUAAGAAUUUCGGAUUACUUCCCUGGCUUAAUUCAGAUUGUGUUUGUUCUUCGUCCAUUGGGUUUCUUCCAAAAAGCAAUCUCUGAAGUCAGUAACAAGUUCUUUAGAGAAGAAUUUAAAUUUCGUCUUAUGAUUUGUAGUAGUGUUGAGGAUAUUCAUCAUCACAUUGAUCCCAGCCAACUCACUGUUGAUUUAGGGGGUACGAUACCUUACAACCAUGAAGAGUGGAUACAGCAAAGAGUUGCUGUUGAAAAUUUCACCUGCAAUCUGCAAGAAAUAUCCUCAUCUUUGCGGGAAAUGACUCGCAAGCUUCAAGAGACAGAAUUCCCUAAUGACGUCCAGUCAACAAUAUCUCUUCUCAAAGACCAAGGUGGUGAAUACCAGAAUCUGAAGGAGGAUAUUAGAAGUGCCGCUAUGCAUGGUGAAACUCUGCUCAGCUGUAUUAGGAGACCCAUGUCUCAUAGUGUUACAUAUUUAAAGUGCUCUGAUCGAUUCAUCAAUGCUGCUGCAGUUCAAAGGUUACUGUUGCAGCUAGAUGAAACAGAAAAAGGAUUUGAUUCCUUUUGGUCUCAGCAUGAAAAGCGACUCAGUCAGUGCCUUGAACUUAGAAAAUUUGAACAAGAGUUCAAAGAAUUGCAGUUUACCCUUGCUGGAAAUCUCAGAGAAUUAGCUGACAUUCCAGAAACUGGAGAUUCAGUUUCAGAAGUAGAUACACUGCUUCGUGCUCUUGAGAGGUUUCGGAAUGAUACAGAGGAUGAUUUAGAUAAAGCUGAUCAGCUCCAGCAAGAUGGGGAAAAACUGAUUGCAGCUAAUCAUUACGCUGUCGAUUCUAUUGCACCAAAAUGCAUUGAGCUUGAAAGAAUUGUUGCUGAUAUUCGACAACAAGUAGCAUUCCGUAUAGAAAUUUUACGAAAAAGUCGAGAUCUGCAAGCUAGAAUAGAAAAGGCCAACAAGUGGUGUACUAGAGGUGUAAACUUAUUAGCUGGCCAGCAGAUUGAAAAAUACUCCUCACCAACUUUUGCUCAGGCUGCCUUAAGUGAAAUAGAAUAUUUUUUAGAAAGCUCAAACGAGUUUCGCCUCAAUGACCCUAAAGAAAUUCAUUUACUGUUCAAGGGAGUUAUCACGCCAGAGUCAAGAGCGCUUGUUCAACAGGUUCUCAAAAGGAUUGAAGAUGUACAAAUGAUGUGCGAGAAAAGACAAUGCAGUCUCCAGCGAAUAGUUUCUAGAUCUAAAUGUCCUGUUCAAGCUGUAAUCCCUGAACCUAUCCCGUCAUCUCCUCCCAUAACCUCUUCCGGAAAAUCCCCUGAAGGAAGGAGAAAGAUAGUGAGGAAGCCAAAGAAUGUGCCUAAGUUAAAAAUUGAAGUGCGCUUUGGAGAUCAACUGAAUCAGCCAAAUAAUUCUCUCCAAGUUCCUGAAAGCAUUAGUGACUCUAGAUCACCAUCACCUAAAAACUGUCAGGAAGUGCUUCAAAACAAAAGAAGUCAUGUAAUGACUGAACUUAUUGAAACUGAGAAAGCUUAUGUGUCAGAAUUAGACAGCAUCAUUCAGGGUUAUAAACGUGAGAUGAACAAUUCUGCUAUGAAAGACUUAGUGCCUUCUUCUCUCUAUGGAAAGGCUGACAUCCUGUUUGGAAACAUGGAGGACAUCUACUCGUUCCAUAGCAACGUCUUCCUUAGAGACCUCCAAGCCUGUAGCAGUACUCCAGAAUUAGUUGGGCAUUGUUUUGUAAACAGGCGGGAUGCCUUCCAUAAAUUGUACACUACUUACUGUCUCAACAAGCCCAAGUCUGAAGCCUUACGUAGACAGUGUGGCGAUGAUAACCCAUUUUUCAAGGAUUUAUUGAAAUGUGUUGAUGAAGGUUCUGGUCAAACAGAUCUUCAAGAAGCAGUGGAUGCAAUGCUGGAAGUUUUGAAAUAUGUUAAUGACAGCAUGCACCAGAUUGCCAUUACAGGUUUCUAUGGCAGCUUGGCUGAUUAUGGGAAACUGCUUCUUCAAAGUGCAUUUAGUGUGUGGAUGGAGCGCAAAAAAGAAAGGAUUCGUGAACUUCGCUUCAAGCCUCGUUCACGCUACAUUUUUUUAUAUGAACAAUUAGUUCUUUUUACUAAAAAAUAUGGUAGAGACGAUAAUCCUAGUUACGCAUUCAAAAAUGCUCUAAAGACUUCUCAAAUUGGUUUGACAGAAAACAUGAAGGGAUACAGGGGUGAUAAACGGAAGUUUGAACUUUGGUUGCAUGGUCGUUCUCAGGUUUUUAUAAUACAGGCACCAUCAGUUGAGGUGAAGGAAGUCUGGGUGAAGGAAAUCAAAAAGGUUUUGCUAUUGCAAUUUGAACAUCUUAAAGAUGAAAACUUGAAACAACAUUCUGACAAAAUACAAAAGUUGAGUUACAUCAAUGGAGUUUGUCAGCCUCAAAGUGUUAGUCACCGAUCUAGAAGCAACAGAAGCAGCUUCAGCUGGCAUAACAGUGCCACUUCUUAUCGCAGCAGCUCUGUUAGUAGCAGACAGCCAGGAGAACUGGGUCGUCGUGCGACUGUAGCAUCGCUGCCCUAUCGUCGAGAAGAGAGAAACAUGUCAUAUUCCGAUGAUGGCUGGUCAUCCACAGAUGAUUUCUCGCAGACUGAAGAUGAAGAUGAUGAGGGAGAUGUUGGAGGACGCUAUGUGGCCCUUGGUGAUUAUGAAGCAGUAGAUGUUGGGGAAGCAUCCUUAAAAGAGGGAGAGACGGUGGAAGUGGAGAAGGUUGGUUGUGCCGGUUGGUGGUAUGUCCGAGUCCUGGACACAACCAAGAGAGGCUGGGUACCAGCCUCUUAUCUUGGACAGCCAAAUGGGAAAAGUGGAUCUCACUCAUCUCCUUCGGUCAGCAGCCAAGGUAUUUUAUUUCCCUAA